CCGAGGCUUCACAAGUCCAGGCGGCCAGCGCCCCCCACCAUCCCGCUUCUCAACUACCAGCUGAGUGCCUCCGUUCCCAAGAAGUGAAGAGGCCAAAGAGAAGCCAUGAGUCUUCUUCUGGUGCUAGUGAUCUGUGUUGUGUUCGCAUCUACGCUCGUCUUCUGGAAAAAGCGCUCUCAGAAAAACAGUGGUGAAACAUCAACUUCGACUGCUCUUGCAUUGAUAAGACCAUCCUCCUCUUCCAUUGGGUCAACUAGGAGCCAUAUUGACAACCGUCUUUCAGUCAACAACCUCUCUCGAGAUAUCUUAAAUAAUUUCCCUCACUCAAUAGCCAUGCAGAAGCGAAUAUUGGUAAACCUCAGAAUUGUGGAAUACAAGCUGGCUGAAAUGGAACAUUUCCUAAUUAACAAGGGCUUAAAUGGUGUAUUAGUUAAUCGGAAACCCACUGAAAGCCUUACAGAAUGUAAGGACAGUGGAAGCAAUCAUUAAAGACACUUU